CAUGGAUUGUAAGUUGUUUACAUUUUCCUAUACAAAUGUGAUAUUUACGGUCCUGCCGAAAUUUCUUCUCCAAAACAUUGGAGCUCAAUAAUUUAUGUUUUCGGAAGUCACUAACAAUUCAAUAAGUAUUUUAAUAGUCACUUCAGCAUAAAGUGUGCGCAUCGUUCAAUAUUCUAAGUUCGGGUCUAGGCAUGGCUAAGCGCUGUGUUGUCACCGGUUGUGAAGCAUCCAAUCAAGAUUUUGGCACAUAUCUGUUCUCUUUCCCGAAGGCCGAUGAAGUUCUUCGUCGGCGGUGGAUUGAUGCUGUUGGAAAACCGGAAAGCUGGCAUAUCACGGACGAGGCGGCUUUCGUCUGUUGGAGCCACUUUGAAAACAAGGCCAUCCAACAAGAUGUUUCGGGAUUUCGACGCACGAGUGAUGCGGUGCCCACGCAAUAUCUCAACUCUGAUCAUCUGUUAAAUCGCAUUUCGGAUUACUUUUGUCGGUUUUGUGCACGCAGUCUGCUUAGUGAGUUAAUGGGUAACAGCAUUAGUGAUAUAAAUCGAUCGGAUGAUGCUAAAAAGUUCCUUGCAUUACUGUUACCUAUGGAGGAUGGUCGACGCUUGUCCAACUUGGCGUGUGACGAAUGUCUUAUGCAGAUAAAACUAACGAUUAGAUUUAUCAGAAACUGCUCGAAAGCCACCAAGGAAUUAGAAAGGAUAGUUGAACUUCGCUCAUCGAUAAACUCGGAACAAUCCAAAUCCAAAGGAUUCAAAGUGGAAAUGAACGAAUUUGAGGAAAUCCCUUUCGAUAGCUUAGAAUCGGAGGUGAAGGUUGAAGUCUCCAGUUUAAUGGACGAUAUCAGUGACCGAGACGACCGGUUUUCGGAAUCCGAUGACGACAACAUCCCGUUGGCAGUGCAAUUUAAGCAAGAACUCACAGAAAAGGAUUUGAAAUGUUCGUACUGCUCUUUUAGUUGCGCGAAACGGAUACAAUUAGCUAGUCACAUGAAAAAACAUCGAGACAUUCUGUCAUCGAAGUCUAAUCAAAAAGCCAGGUUGGACUGUGGUGAAUGUGAUUUCAGCUGUAAUAAACCUGUGCAAUUGAAAAAUCAUCGUAAAAAACAUAAAGUAAGAACGGAACAAUCAAGCACAGAAAACGUGUCGACCCAUAAGACGAAUGAAGAGAGAAAUGAAAACCCCUCGAACUUUAAUGCCGACGAACACGACUCAUGCGCUUCUAACUCGGAUGAAUCAGAAGAUGAUUCGCCUACUAGCAAGUCAUCAUCAUCAAACCUUAUUAGUUGUUCCGAAUGCCCGUACACGUGCACCCGAGCAAUACAGCUGGCCAGUCACAAGAAGAAACAUACAGGUUACCAAAUAAGACGAGCAAAAUGGGCGGAGAAACAGAAAGUUAAGGACAGCUACGAGUGUGAAUUUUGCGACUUCAAGUGCAAACUGCGCCGCCAGAUGGCGGGCCACCGGGCGUCGCAUUCGGACUUGAUCAGGAAAUCGAAGCCAUCCGGAAAAGAGCGUGAUCACAUGUGUUCAAUUUGCGGCAAAAUACUUACGACGCGGGGAUCAUUCUUUGUGCACAUGAAGUAUCACAACGAUCAGCGGGAUUUUUCGUGCGACAUUUGCGGUAAGAAGUUUUACUCCAAACGGGAUGUCACAAUGCACGUGGAAUCUUUCCACGAGAAAAAGGUGUACGAGUGCGAGAUCUGCGGCGUUAAAUGCACCUGGAAGAACGCCCUCAGUAAGCACAUGCGGAAGCACGAUACCAGCUCGUAUAAGCUCGAGUGUUCGUUCUGCGGCAAACGGUUUAUGGCGGCCAACGAACUGCGAUUGCACGUCUGGCGACACACCGGGCAACAAUUGACGUGCGAUAUUUGCGGAGCUGGAUAUAGAUUCAACUUCCUUUUGACACAGCAUAAGAUUCGAGCACAUGGAAUACAAGUCGAAGGCGUAAAACUUUACAAACGGUUUCGAAAAGAAAAUAAAGCAAGCAACACUAAAAGUUCCCAACACAAGUUGAGUCAAGAUGACAUCACAUCAACAGAAGUCCCAUCACAAACUACUACAAUAUCAGAAAUACGCGGUGAAGCUACACGUAUUGACCAACAACCCUCAAAGCAACCAACGGAAGAUACAACCAGUUCCUCUUACUCAUCGGAAAUGCCAGCGGGCACGUAUCCACACCCUGCAAUACAUCCAUCGCAUGUAUCUGCACCUGGUGAUGCCCAUCAGCAAUUACCGUUUCAUACUUUGGGACCUUUGAUAGAGCCUGGAGUACAGCAAACCAAUCUCUUCAAUAAUUAUUGAGUUAGCAUUGAUGAGAAGACUACGUAGACAUUUUCUGCGAUUAUACACCAGUAAGAAACGAUUGCAGAAUAUCUUCGUAUUUUUAACCGAAAUAAACAAACGAUAAAGAUUUCUUCUGAAAA